CUCUGUUUACGUCGCACCUACUUUGACAGCUAUGCUGGCGCCAUAGGGAAAAGAAAACACACAAUGGCUGGUACGGCGUAGGGGUAGUGGGAAGGGUGCGUGCGGUCAAAAGAACGCUUGUGUUGUGUGUUGCAUCCCCCGAAGAAAAAUACGCUCUUUCAGGCAGGUUGUUUUUGGAGUGGCCGUUUUUUGUUCGGUUCCAAUCACCCGAUUGACGGAGCAGCAAGGCGCGCGGGGGACACUGGGCGAGCUGGCAGGGAACACUAGCACAGCAACAUGGGACCGACCAAAAUCAGCCCGGAGGACCAGUCCUUCAACAUCACGUUCGUAUGGGAGGUGAAAAAGCAUCCCUGCCUGUUCGACUCGAGCAAUCCCGACUACAAACAGCAGACGCUGCAGGAGCGGGCCUGGCAGGCGGUCUCGGACGCGGUCGGCGAAGGGGUGGACACAUGCAAGAAGCGGUGGCGCAAUCUGCGCUGCUGCAUGACCCGCUACCAGAAGUCGGUGCGCGACAACCCCGACCAGGCGCGCCGGAAGCCCUACUACCUGUACAGCCACAUGCAGUUCGUGCUGCCGUACCUGAAGGCGCGGGAGGAAACGAGCACCUACGAGCAGGACGAGCCGACCUGGACGAAGGGCGAAAGCGAAUCGAUGAGCAAAAACGAGGAGGAGGACGAGGACGAGGACGAGGAGGAGCCGCAUGAGAUUGAAACGAUCACGGUGCCGGAGGAGGAUCACAGCGAGCAGAUCAAGGACAGCAUACUGCAGUCGAUCAAGAUAAUGCCGAUCGGGCAGGAAGCGUCAACCAUCACCGACCAGCAGCAGCAGCAGCACCACCAAGAAGUGCUACACACGGACAGCACCAGUGCGGCCAACACGACGACGACGUACGAAAUCAUUACCGCGCCACCGGUUAAGCAGCCGCGCCUUUCCCAGACCAGCGUCGGGGCGGUAAGCCCGAUCGAAACCGCCAGCACACUCCAGUCGGUGGCAAACGAUUCGAAGCGAGACCUUGUGGCGCAGCGCCAGUUCUUCACCAUCACCAACACCCCGAUGCAACCGGCCAGCAUCCCGAUGCCCUGCUACACCUCCAACCCGAUCACGUCCCAAACGCUGCACCAUCAGCAGCCGCCGGCGCACCAGACGCUUGCGGCCCAGCCGCAGCUGCAAACGCAGGUCCCGCCCCACUUUACCUUCAUUCCGAGCACGUCGACGCUGGCGACCGAUGCGGAUCACAACUUCUUCCAGAGCCUGGUGCCCGACAUACAGACGAUGACGAUGGAGCAGAAGCGCAAGCUGAAAAUUGGCAUCCUGCAGCUGAUCGACGGCAUUCUCAAUACGUAAAUAUCUCACAUCGGUUCCACCGCCGCGGGGAUUUGUACGUUUUUUAUUGUAUAUUGUGUCUGUUUGCAGUUGAUGCAGUUGAAACAGGAAUGUGUAGGGAAUAGGAAGUUCAAACACAACUCUCGAUUAGUUCGAAGACGCAAAGUGCAGGGAGCUGCUAGAAGGCAUGAAUUGGAGAGGUCAGCUCUAGGCGCAAUAGUAGCUGUUAGGGCAAUAGUAAAUAAUGUGAAUGAAAUAGUAUCUACACCUAGGUACAAGCUAAUUGAAGAUAGAUCGAGAAAAAGAAUUGUAAAAAAAUAUUUUAACGUAAUAGAUAGUAAGAUCUACUGUGUGCGCUACUAACCCAAUCUCCCGAAUCCGCAUCCUCCUAUCCCAUUUCUCGAACCUGUAGCACCCUUUACCGUCGACAAGCGCUGCGACGAUAUCAUAACUUAAUCAUACUCAUAAUUUCUGCAAACCAUUUCAUAGAAUAAACUUUCCGAACGAUGAUGUACACCUUUACAACUGAA